AUGACCAGUCGCAUCCAACAUGAGAUCCACAGGUCCUUUCCACCGCUCUUCCAUGAGCCUCGCCAACUACAGAGUCAGGAGAUGAGUUCUCAGUUGGCGCCGGAGCGGCCCAGCAUCGUUCAAGGGCUCCACUGUGGCCCCGCUUUCAGGGGGGACUGCCAGGGCCACAUGGCCCCCGAGUAUCGGCUGGGCGAGCCGGGCACGGCGGGGGUCUCGCCUCACCUCCCGAGACCCUGGUACCCCUUCCCCGCCCCCGACCACUGGCCCCACGGCUCGGUGGUGGCUCGCUACCCCCACGCCCCGCCGGCCCCGGGCCGAGAGGAGGACGAGAAGGGAACUGAGGCCAAGUUUUUGCCGUCGUUGUACAAUUCGCCCUGGAGCUCCUGUUACCUGCCGCAGCUGCCGGCGGCUCCCAGCCCGCCCACCCCUCGCACCGCGGCCGGGCUGCAGAACCAGGGUCACUCCCCGUCCUCGGAGCACCGGAGCCAGCCGGCCAGCCCGCAAAUGCGAGCCGACAACCCGUCUCCCAGCCCCAGCGCAGACCACGGCACCAAGUGGGUCGCUCCGGACGGUGGCAAUGAGGAUUCUCCCACUUCAGAGGACUUGGAGCAGUUUGCAAAGGAGCUGAAGAUGAAGCGUAUCACAAUGGGCUUCACACAGGCCGAGGUGGGCCUGGCGCUUGGGGCUUUGUAUGGAAAGAUGUUCAGCCAGACAACCAUCUGUCGAUUUGAGGCCCUGCAGUUGAGUUACAAGAACAUGUGUAAGCUGAAGCCGCUGCUGCAGCGGUGGCUGGAGGAGGCCAAGGACAGUGACAACUUUCAAGAGCUAUGCAGCAUAGAACAGACGCUGGCUUCAUCCCGCAAGAGAAAGCGACGGACCAGCAUUGAUAAUAAUGUGAAGGAGGCACUGGAGAAUUUCUUCACCGUCUGCCCAAAGCCAUCCACCCAGGAGAUCACCAAGAUCGCGGAUGACCUGAACCUGGAAAAGGAUGUGGUCAGAGUCUGGUUCUGUAAUCGACGGCAGAAGGGGAAGCGGGCGGCGUUCCAGUACGGGGACGAGUUUGUGGAGCUCGCCGGUUACGGAAUGCCCCCUCUCCAGCCCCCGCUGCCGGGCGGGUUCGGGGCGCAGGGCUACAACGCGGCUGCCAUCUCCGCCGCCGCCCUCUACGUUCCCCAAGCGGACUCGUACCACUGCAGUGAGGCCGCGCAGGUUGCCCCAGUGGCCAGAACAAUGCACUCGAGUUAG